AAACUUCACCAGACUUCUUAUCCAGGAAGCAGGCAUUUCAUCUGCUCUCUCAGAGAAGUCUCUGCAGCAAUCGUGGAGCUCAGUACCAAAGUCAAGAUGCCCAUUGUGGGCCUGGGCACCUGGAAGUCUCCCCCAGGCAAAGUCAAGGAAGCUGUGAAGGCAGCCAUUGAUGCUGGGUAUCGCCACAUCGACUGUGCCUAUGUGUAUCAGAAUGAGAAUGAAGUGGGAGAAGGGAUCCAAGAGAAGAUCAAAGAGAAGGCUGUGAAGCGGGAAGACCUCUUCAUUGUCAGCAAGCUGUGGGCCACCUUCUUUGAGAAAAGCCUGGUGAAGAAAGCCUUUCAGAAAACCCUCUCAGAUCUGAAACUGGACUAUCUGGACCUGUAUCUAAUUCACUGACCACAGGGACUUCAGGCUGGGAAUGAAAUAUUACCCACAGAUGAUAAAGGCAAAGUUCUCAUGAGUAAAUCCACAUUCUUGGAUGCCUGGGAGGGCAUGGAGGAACUGGUGGACCAGGGGCUGGUGAAAGCCUUAUUCGUCUCCAACUUCAACCACUUCCAGAUUGAAAGGCUCCUGAACAAGCCUGGACUGAAACAUAAGCCAGUGACCAACCAGGUCAAAUGCCACCCCUACCUGACUCAGGAAAAACUGAUCCAGUAUUGUCACUCCAAGAGCAUCACCGUCACAGCCUACAGCCCUCUGGGCUCCCCAGACAGACCUCAUGCAAAGCCAGAGGACCCUGUAGUACUGGCGAUUCCCAAGAUCAAAGAGAUUGCUGCAAAGCACAAAAAAACAACAGCUCAGGUUCUGAUUAGGUUCCACAUCCAAAGGAAUGUGGCCGUGAUCCCCAAGUCUGUGACACCCUCCCGCAUAGCAGAGAACAUUCAAGGUAAGACCUGGGCUGUCUUUGACUUCCAGUUGAGUGAUGAGGAGAUGGCCACCAUUCUUAGCUUGAACAGAAACUUGAGAGGCCCUGUCCUGUUCGUCACAAUUAACAAAGAGGACUAUCCUUUCCAUGCGGAAUACUGAAACUGAUUCACUUGCUGAGAUUGCC